AUGUGGCAGUAUCUCGAGUCUUGGCUCCUCUGGUUUUACCAGCUGGUUAAGGAUUGGCCUUGGUUAUCAGACAUGAUUUUCUCUCCGAGACUUCGUUGGGCCCUCACGGCCCUGUUGGCGGCUUCGAAAACGGCCAAGACUGAGAGCUUGGCUGAUAUCGACCAUGUAAUCUUGUUUAUGCAAGAGAACCGUGCUUUUGACCACUACUUCGGUACCAUGCCCGGAGUUCGUGGCUUUGCUGAUCCAAACGUCCAGUACAACAACGGCAUCCCUGUCUGGCAACAGCAAGUCACUCCUCAACAGAGCAAAGACACUGAUUACAUCACACCCUGGUACAUCAACUACCUUGGUGGAACUUGGCCUGAAGCCACUCAGUGUAUGAGUGCCGGGUCCAACGGCUGGGAUACCAACCAAGCUGCUUGGAACCACGGUGCCAACAACCAGUGGGCAGUAAAGAAUACUCCCUACAGUAUCGGCUACUACAAGCGCGAUGAUCUCCCUGUUCAUUUUGCUCUUGCUGAGGAGUGGACUGUUGGUGAUAUGUACCAAGAGUCCGUCAUCGCUUCCACCAACCCCAACCGUGUCAUGUGGAUCAGUGGAUCCAUCAACGUCCCUGGCUCACCUCAGACCAAGGAUGAGGGUGGAUACCCCUACAUCGAUAACAAUGAGACACCUGGUUGUGAUAAAAACGGUAUCAACUGUUACCCUCUCAAGUGGUCCACUGCUGCUGAGAAGUAUGAGGCUGCUGGUGUCUCAUGGAGUGUCUUUCAGGAUGCUGAUAACUUUGACGACAACCCUUAUGCUUGGUUUGAGCAGUUCCAAGAUUCCAAGGCAGGAUCUGACUUGAACAAAAAGGGCAUGAAGGGACAGACUUUGGACGCUUUCUAUGCUCAGGCUGCCGCUGGAACUCUGCCUGAGGUCUCAUACAUCGUCGGUCCCAUGCAGCUAUCAGAACAUCCACCCUACUCCCCUCACGAUGGCUCUUGGCUUCAGCGAAAGGUUGCCGAGGCUGUCAUCAACUCCCCCAAGUACUCCAAGUCCGUCUUGAUCAUCUCUUAUGAUGAGACGGGUGGCUGGGCCGAUCACGUUAGCCCGUACACUUCUCCAGAUGGCACUGCUGGUGAAUGGAUUGAUGAUCCUUAUGGUGCAGCCGGCCGCACUGCCACUGGCCCAGGUUUCCGUGUGCCCUUCUACAUCAUUUCACCCUUCACUCGCAAGGGUGGUGUGUACACCGAACACUGCGAUCACACUUCUCAGGUGUCGUUCAUUGAGAAGUGGCAAGCUGCAAAGGGUCGUGAUGUCACCACUGAUGAGAUGGUUCCCUGGCGUCGCGAGAACAUGGCUGAUCUGGUCAACGCCUUUGACUUCAAGAACCCCGACUACAGCAUUCCCAAUCUCCCUGAGGCUCCUCAGCCCCAUACCAAUAGUAAGGGCGUUUAUGAUGGUUCAUCGUACUGUUCUUCGCAGUACGGUAACGGCCGUCCCCCUGUUCCCUACACUGGCGUGGGUGCCAACAAUGAUACCGCAAGUCUUGCUGAGGCUGGUUUCAAACCUGUUCGUGGACUGCUCACUGAAGGCCGCACACUUGUCCUUGAGUCUUCCGGCCAGGCUGUUAGCGCUACAUCGUACAGCAGCAAGGUGUCACUGAGCAAGGCAUCAAAGAACCAUGAUAACAUGCAGCAUGGAUGGGUUCUUCAUGCCGUGGAUAUCGGGGGCGACCAGUUUACCAUUAGCUCUGUCAACAACGGUCAGUAUAUCUGCAAGAAUCUUAAGCUCUGUAAAGAUUCUGGUUCAGCUACGGUGUUUGUUGUGGACUUCAAGCCAAGCAAGGGCCAUUCUUUCAAGGAUCAGAAGACAGGGGAGUAUCUAACUAGUGGGCGAAAGGAGAAGCUGGGUUGGCAGAAGGGUCAGACCUUCUGGAAGGUCUUUAGUGUUACUUACUGA